UCGAAAGAUCAGUUGUCUUUUUGUUUGCGUUGAGUCUUGAAGGUUGCUAGAAUUUAUAUUUGAAAAUUAAAUGUAAAAGAUUUAACGACCGCUGAAAGAUCAUUGUAGGCCUUACAGUCAAAUUACGUGAAUAAUUCUAAUGAAUUAAAUUGGCAAUUUUUCCAAGAAGGUUGACUAUCGUGUCAAAAGAUAUUCUGAUAUACCCUCGUUUUGUAAGUUAUCUAAAUCAGACCUGUCCAAACCAGAGUCCUGAGGGCCCCGAAAUUCCUUGGAAUUUGAGUGAGGUCCCUGAAGCCCUAGGAGACAGAGGUUCUAUCGAAUUUAAACAGUGACAAAAGACAUAAACUUUUUACUGGAAAGCUCAGAGGAAGCUAUUUCAUAUUCGCUUUCUCCUUGUUUAUAUGUCGUGACCAUUCAACACAUUUGACAUUUUCAUUUUUAAAGAAAAGAAAAAUGAAGACAGUGAAAAGAUUAGGAGUAUAUCAAGAGUAGUUAUAUUUGUAGGUUUUAAAACAUGGAACAAGACACAGAAUACGUUAAGCUACCAUUAGAAGAACGAUGUGUGCAUAAGCUAUGGAGGGCACGAUUACAUGGUUAUAAAGAAUGCGUGAACACAUUUCAAUGUAUUGACGAUGAAAAAUCUCCUGAAUGGAACAAAUUUUUGGGAUUCAUUAAAAAGUUUGUAUUAGAUAGUAAUGCUGUUGCACAAGAAAAAGGUUUGGAAGCAGCAUUAGCUUUUGUUGAAAAUGCUGCUGUAGCAGGAAAGACUGUUGGUGAAGUUAUGAAUGGAAUAGUCACAAAAUGUAUUGCAGCGCCUAAAGCUAAAACAAAAGAGUUAGCAGUACAGAUAACGUUAAUGUACAUAGAAAUUGAAAAACAUGAAAUCGUUCAAGAAGAAUUAUUGAAAGGAACAGAAGCAAAAAAUCCAAAAAUUGUUGCUGCGUGCAUUUCAACUUUAACAUUGGCUUUAAGGCAAUUUGGACCAAAAGUAAUCAACAUAAAACCUUUAUUAAAAAAGAUUCCUGGUUUUCUUGAAGACAGAGAUAAAAUUGUUAGAGAUGAGGGCAAAUUUAUGGUUGUUGAAAUUUACAGGUGGAUAGGUGCUCCUUUGAAACAACAGUUGAAUACAUUAAAACCUGUACAAAUUACAGAACUGGAAGCGGAGUUUAAUAAUUUAAAACAAGAAAAAGUUGUACCAACCCGAUUUUUAAAAUCUCAAAAACCAAAAUCAACAUGCAUUGUAGAUUCUACAAGUGAUACUGGUGAAGAAGGAAAAGACGAUGGUGAUACAGGUUCUAUUCCUGAUAUUGAUCCCUAUGAAUUGUUAGAACCUGUUGAUAUACUUUCUAAACUACCGAAAGAUUUUUAUGAAAAAAUUGAAGCUAAAAAGUGGCAAGAACGAAAGGAAGCUUUAGAAGCAUUAGAAGUUCUUGUAAAAAAUCCUAAAUUAGAAAAUGGUGAUUAUGGAGACGUAGUAAGAGCUUUAAAAAAGAUCAUCUCUAAAGAUACAAAUGUAUUAGUCGUUACACUCGCGGGAAAAUGUCUAGCAGGACUAGCAACUGGUCUCAAAAAACGAUUUCAACCUUAUGCAACAGCAUGCCUUUCAUCAAUUUUGGAGAAGUUUCGAGAAAAGAAACAAACUGUUGUUCAAGCACUUAGAGAAGCUGCAGAUGCAAUUUUCCUCAGUGUUUCUAUUGAUGUUAUAUUAGAAGAUACACUUGCUGCAUUAGAAAACAAAAAUCCUGCAGUGAAAGCAGAAACAGCGGCGUAUUUAGCAAGAUGUUUUUCUCGAACACCACCACCAAGCUUAAAUAAAAAAUUAUUAAAAGCUUAUACUACUAUACUUCUGAAAACUUUAAAUGAACCAGAUCCAACUGUUCGAGACAGUUCUGCAGAGGCUCUUGGUACAGCAAUGAAGUUAAUUGGAGAAAAAUCUAUGAUGCCGUUCCUUACAGAUCUAGAUAACUUAAAAAUGACAAAAAUAAAAGAAUGCGCUGAAAAGGCUGUAAUACAUAUUAAAGUACCUAGUGUUUCAAAAGUAGUUGCGGAAAGACCAAAUACUGCUCCAUGCAAAAUUGAAACAACAGUAAAAUCUAAAGAAGCAGAAGUUAAAGUUUCAAAAAGACCUAAUACUAGUACUACUAAGAAAGCUGCAUAUAAAAAGCCAUCUUCGUCAUCUUUAACCAAUUUGGCUGCUUCAAAAAAAUCAUCUGCGACAAAACUUCAAGUAGAAAAGAAUUAUAGUAUUGAAGAAAUAGAUGAAAUGGCUAUGCAAUUAUUACCAGGUGACAUCCUAUCAGGUCUCGUUGAUAGUAACUGGAAGACACGUUUAGCUGUAGUUGAACAACUUUUAGAGUUUGUAAAGCAAAGUAAUCCAACAGAAGUACCUACUCAAGUUAUAGUGCGAACUCUAGCAAAAAAACCAGGAUUCAAAGAUACAAAUUUUCAAGUUCUCAAAUUACGACUAGAAAUAGUAAAAUAUUUGGCAGAAAACUUUCCAUUUUCAACUACUGUUUGUGAAUACUGCAUCAUGGACAUAACUGAAAAAUUAGGAGAUGCAAAAAAUAGUACCGUUGCCGGUGAUACUUUGUUAGCAAUAGCAGAAGCAACGAGCUUUGAGUAUGUGGCAGAUGAAAUAGUAGCAUUUGCCUUUAAUCAAAAGAAUCCUAAAGUUCAACAAGAAACAUUAACCUUGCUGUGCAGGGGACUUAUUGAAUUUGGUUGCGUUAUUAAUGUUAAAUCUUUAAUGGAUAAUAUUAAGAAAGCAGUUGCGGUAACAAAUCCUGGAGUUCGUACUUCAGCUAUUACAUUGUUAGGUACAUUAUAUUUAUUUAUGGGUAAACCAUUGCUUACAUUCUUCGAAAAUGAAAAACCUGCUUUACGUCAGCAAAUCGAACAAGAAUGUGAAAAGCAUAACGGCGAAUCUUUACCAGUACCAAUCCGUGGACUAAAAAAUAAAAAGGAUAAAACAAGUGAUGAUGACAACGAUGUGGAAAUGGACAAAAAAUCCAGUAGCAACAGUGAAAUUGAUAUUACUAAUCUCAUUCCACGCGUUGAUAUUAGUAAUCAAAUUACUGAAAGUCUACUUAAUGAAUUGGCAGAUAAAAAUUGGAAGGUACGAAAUGAAGGUUUACAAAAAAUAAGCACGAUUAUUUCCGACGCAAAAUUUAUAAAAGGUUCUAUUGGUGAUUUACCGCAAAGUUUAGCAUUACGAUUGGUUGACAGUAACAGUAAAAUAGCUCAGUCGACUUUGGGCAUCUGUCAGGCAUUAGCUUUAGCGAUGGGGCCAUCGGCAAAACAACACAUUCGAGUUCUUUUCCCUGGUUUCAUACAGUGUUUGGGUGAUAGUAAAAACUGGAUUAGAACAGCAGCAAUAUCAUGCAUAAAUACCUGGGGAGAUCAAUGUGGUUAUAAAGAAUUUUUUGAUGGAGAAAUGAUAGGAGAUGUAUUAAAAUCUGGGUCACCGAUACUUAGAGCAGAGGUUUGGAAUUGGUUAGCACAAAAGUUGCCGUUGAUUCCUGUGAAACAAGUUCCAAAAGAAGAACUUCUUGUAUGUCUUCCACAUUUGUACAGUAAUUUAGAGGAUCGUAAUUCUGAUGUUCGGAAAUUCGCUCAAGAAGCAGUUUUAGGAUUUAUGAUUCAUCUUUCCUAUGAAAUGAUGGCUAGAAACACAGAAAAGUUAAAGCCUGGUUCAAGAACAGUAGUCCUUACUGCAUUAGAUAAGUCUCUUCCGAACUUGCCUCAAAAACCUUUACCAUCAAAGCCGGCACCUGAAGAAAGCAGUCAAAAAGUUGUUAAGAGUGGCGGAGCUAUGAAAGCUUCAAAAGCAGUAGUAAAACCUAAACAAAAUCAAUCAGCUUCGAAACCAGGGAGUGCACGUAAGAAGGAUGACGAUGUGGAUACAAGUCCUCUUUUAGCUAUUAAUAAUCUUAAACAUCAAAGAGCGAUUAAUGAACAGAAAUUAAAGGUAUUAAAAUGGAAUUUCACAACACCUAGAGAAGAAUUUGUUGAACUGUUAAAGGAACUUAUGACUGCUGCAAAUGUGAAUAAAACUUUAUUGGCGAAUAUGUUUCAUUCAGAUUUCCGAUACCACCUAAAAGCCAUCGAGGCAUUAACCGAGGAUCUGCCUGAUAAUAGUAAAGCAUUGGUAUCUAAUUUGGAUCUUAUUCUUAAAUGGUUGACGUUACGAUUUUUCGAUACCAACCCUUCAGUAUUAUUAAAAGGUUUAGAAUACUUGCGAAUGGUAUUUAAUUUAUUAAUAGAAGAUCAAUAUCAUAUGUUGGAGAACGAAGCGGCAUCAUUUAUUCCGUAUUUAAUUAUUAAGAUUGGCGAUCCAAAAGAUGCAGUACGUAAUGGAGUUCGGUCAUUGUUUAAACAAAUAGCAUUGGUAUAUCCUGUAAGCAAAUUAUUUUCGUAUGUAAUGGAAGGUUUAAAGUCUAAAAAUGCUCGUCAGAGAACAGAAUGUCUGGAUCAGUUAGGUUCACUUAUUGAAAAUUACGGAUUAUCCGUUUGUCAACCUUCUGCUUCUGUGGCUUUAAAAGAAAUAGCAAAACAAAUAGCGGAUCGUGAUAAUUCUGUUCGAAAUGCUGCAUUAAAUUGCAUUGUUCAAGCAUAUUUUCUUCAAGGAGAACGAGUAUAUAAACUUAUUGGCCAGAUAUCCGAGAAAGAUCAAUCAUUACUAGAUGAACGUAUUAAAAGGGCUGCUAAAAAUCGACCAACAAAAUCAGCUUCUACGAAUAGGCUUACAGUUGCUUCAAAUCCAGCUUCUGCCGCUUCUAACGAAGACGUUAAAACCGAUUAUGAAGAAGAAAAUGAAGAAAUACUUGAACCGCAAUCUUCACCCCAACCUCAACUAAAUGAAUUGCCACAUAAUGAUUUGCCAACAAAUGUAAAACCAGAAAAAUCAUCUGAUGAAGCACAAAUGUCUCCUGAUACUGUUGGAAAUUCUUCAACAUCAACUCAACCUAAAGUAUCAGGUCCGUUUGGUUUGGACCUAGACUUUUUACGAAGAAUUGAAACAAAUGCACCAGUGAAAUACAGCAAUCCUGUUCUUUUGGAAAUUAAUAUAGAUGAUUUGCUCGAAUCACCGAAAGUAAAACCAUCUAACGUACCGGUGAUUCCUAUUUCUCCCCCAAAAUUAUUGGUCUCGAAAUCUGUAACAAUGUCUCAACAACAAAUGGCUGCAACUAACGCUAGUAAAGAAGACAGUCUUGAGCGUAAAAUUCUUGCGAUGGCUAGUUUGGAUUUGACCGUUGCAAUACAAUCAAUGAACAGUAUAGAUAAUCUUAUAAAGUCUCACCAAAUUCUGAGCUUGCAAUCUAAAGAAGAUAAAUUUAUUGGUUCGAUAAAUAUGCAACUAAAACUUUUGCAAACCUAUCCUUUGCAACAAGGAGGAGCAGAUAUAUCUAAAGGAUUCAGAAAUACGUUUAUGGUUUUAUUAGCGUUCUACGAUACCGGAAUUCUGGGGAAAAAUGUUCCAUUAAUACAUUUAAAGGAACUCGUCGAUCAAAUGAUAAGUUUGUUAGCAGAGGAAAAAUUCGAACAUUUACACCAAGCGGAAGCGUAUUAUCGUGUGGUUAAUAAUAUUGUCUGCAAAAUAAUAGACAAUUCAAAUCAUACUACUAUUAUUUGUGUCUUAAUAAAAUUACUUCAUGGAUGUGCUGAAUCUACUGCUCCUUCUAAAUACGAAGAAUUGGUGAUGAAAUGUUUAUGGAAAAUAGUAAAAACAAUUCCUAAUUGGGCUGCAGAUUUAGAUUAUGAUACCAUCCUCUUAGAAGUACACCGUUUCCUCAAAGAUUAUCCAAGUAUAUGGUGGAAGAAACGAAAAUCUGAUACACCAUUACGAACAAUUAAAACGGUUCUUCAUGGUAUGACCCGCGUAAAAGGCAGUACAAUACUCAGUCACCUAACUCGAAUAAAUAAUACUAAUGAAUCAGAACUACAUUCGUAUUUAAUAAGACUAAUCGCGACCUUUAAAGCAGAUGAAAUUAAUACCAACCCAAAAACAUCUACAAAACUUAGUAGCACUGGCAAAACUCAGGAACAUUUAUCGAAGUUCACACACCAGCAGUUGUCUGCAAUAUUUAAAAAGAUUGGAUCUAAAGAACAUACGCAAGAAGGUUUAAUGCAACUAUAUGAUUUUAAACUACAGUAUCCUGAAGCGGAUGUGCAACCUUUCUUAUUAAAAUCGCAUCAGUUUUUCCAAGAUUUUAUAGAACAAGGUUUAAGAGAUAUUGAUCAAGCACGAAAAAACCAAAAUCUUAUAUCACAAACUAAUAAUCAAUACUCAACAGAGACAGCUGAAUCUGCUGGAUCUGAAGACAAAGGUCUAAUGGAUCCCUUGAAUAGGCUCGACAAAUUUCGAGCAUCUGAAGCACAAUGUAGAACUACAACCAAUCAACCGAAUCCAACAUGAAUUCAUCUGUAUUAACAUUUAUUAGGAUUGCAGUGCUUAAAUAACUGGAUUAAAAAUUAAUAAUACAUAUAACAAAAUAUUAAGCAAAUAAUAUAUAGAUUAUGUAUAUUAAUCUCGUACCUAAUGUACGUAAAGUUAUGCUGUUCAGUACAACCUUAACUGUAGCAUUUAUGUUCAGUAGCAAUGUAUGCUCAUUGCAUAAAGUUUGUGUUACAAUACUUAACGUAAUUAUGAACGUGUAUACUACUUAUAUUUAUUGAUAUUUGAAAACGGGAAUUAAAUUAUAAGACAUUAGUAUUAUGCUCUCUUUAGAGACUGAUUUUAUAGCA